GCUGGAUGCAGGAGACCAGCCUUUCUCAACGGAAUAUCCGAAUAAACCAUAUUACUUUCUUAUCUUAUUAUUUUCAUACAAAAAAAAAACAUUUUCCCGAGAAAAUUUGAAUGAUUUCCCAUGAAAGUUCCGGUCCUAACUCGCCGCAUGUCCCUUUCCUUAUAUAACAAAACCUCCCCUUUGCUAUCCAUCCCAAAUGUUCCCUCACCCAAGUUUCCCCCCCAUUCUUUAACACCGAUUUUCACGGUCCCCAAACAACACAAGAAUUCGAUGGCCGCUUGUGUUGGAGCUUCAAGAACCUCCAUAACUGAACCCAACCCACUUUCCCGAGACCCAAACAGUUCUCAAAUCGACGACAACAAAUACAACUACGUGGAAUUCUGCCGACCCAGUUUCCCGGAUCACGUUUCCUGCGUACCCAUUUGCCCGGAUCGGUCGAAAAUCAUACACCCGGAUACGAACAUAGACGAGGUUGAUCAAGACGAAGAUGAAGACAGCGAGGUUGAUCUAUGGCUGAAAAUGCAAGACGAAGCUCGUUUUGAUGUGGAGCAGGAACCCAUAUUGUCAAAUUACUAUUACAACUCGAUCUUGUUGCAUAGUUCAUUGGAGAGCGCGUUGGCUAAUCAUCUUUCAAUGAAACUGAGCAAUUCGAGUCUUCCUAGUGGCACCCUAUUCGAUCUUUUCGUGGGGGUGCUUGGAGGGGAUCAGGAAAUCAUGAGGGCCGUGAAGGAUGAUCUGAGAGCAGUGAAGGAGAGGGACCCAGCUUGUAUAAGCUACGUGCAUUGCUUAUUGAAUUUCAAAGGGUUUCUUGCUUGCCAAGCACAUAGGAUGGCACAUAAGCUGUGGUCACAAGGUCGGAAGGUCUUGGCUUUAUUGGUUCAGAACAGGGUGUCUGAGGUUUUUGCUGUGGAUAUCCAUCCGGGAGCUAAGAUCGGACGCGGGAUAUUGCUCGAUCAUGCCACCGGUGUGGUGGUCGGAGAGACGGCUGUGAUUGGGAACAAUGUCUCAAUUUUACACAAUGUGACAUUGGGAGGGAGUGGGAAGGAGUGUGGGGACAGGCACCCAAAGAUUGGUGAUGGGGUGUUGAUAGGGGCAGGGACUUGUAUUCUGGGGAAUAUUAGGAUUGGGAAUGGGGCUAAAAUUGGGGCUGGUUCGGUUGUGCUCAAGGAGGUUCCACCUAGGACAACAGCGGUUGGGAACCCAGCUAGGUUGGUUGGGGGGAAGGACAAUCCAGUUAAGCUUGAUAAGAUUCCUGGUUUAACUAUGGACCAUACUUCACAUAUUCAUGAGUGGUCUGAUUAUGUUAUUUAGGGUCCUGUCUCAGUUAAUUUUUGUUUAUGCUCCUUUUGCAUUUUGAUUAGUUUCUUAAAACCGGGGUUUCUUUGUUUGUGUUGUAAGUGAGAACUGAAGUUCUCCUAGUUGCAAACAGGGUGCCCCGAAGCUGCUAUGUAGCCUAUGUAUGUUGAGGGGUUGUUUUGCGUUUGUAAUAUUACAACCUGCCAUGACUGUGAUCAUGUGCUGCAAUAUAUAGUAUUUUGUUCUUGUCGUA